AUGGCGGCGAGACAUAAUCCUAGCAUGAAUCGCCUCUACGACAAUGAUCGUCAUGGGAAGUACAGUGUGCCAGAUCGCGGCGUCAACGUGCAGGGCAAUCGAUGGGUCAAGCGGUCAUUUUCAGACCACCCCAGCGCCACCAGCUAUCGGUACAGUAAUGCAGAUCAGAGCUAUUACUAUCGCAACCCUGAUGGCUCAACGUACUACGAAGAUACGCGAGGCCGGGCCAAAUACACAACACCACAAGGCCGAGAGAUCAACUACGAGAAAAACAACUCGGUGAUUGGAGAAGACGGCUACCGCAGCAAUGCGAGUACAUGCACAUCUCAGCUCAACCGUCAGGAUACAGCAGCAAUGGCAGACGAACGUAGACGUGGCGUCAGCAAUGGCGCCUUGCCGAGUAGCUAUCUGGCACAAAAGAUCGGCUCACCACGACACUCUCACAGCAGUCUCGCCGAGCCUGGCCCCAUGUUUGUCUCAGCUCAUCGCUCGCACAACACUGGUCGUCACUCACAACCGUUUCACCCACUCAGUCGUCAUUCAACCACGUUGAUCAGACCGGCAAGUCGGUCUACCAGCGCGGAAGUAGACACUAUGGCAUCUUGGCUCCAUGACGUCUGCCUGAACCAGACUCAACACGGCGGCAUGGGAGAUCUUCCUCGAACUCAUUACUACAACGAUGACGAUGACGAUGAAGGCGACAAUGGUUCUCAAAUUUACAAUCACGUACCUGUUGUCGAGGAAGAGCCUGUGGAGACAAGCAAUGAAUCCAUUGUCGAAGACUGGGAAGAUCAGGCGCUGGGUUCCUUCGGCCAUGCAGAUGACCCGGAGAUCGACCUCAUCAUCGAGCUUGGGCUGAGUGAUCAAUCCAACGAUGAUGGUGCUGGGUAUGACCAAGCAGAAGCUGCGGGAGACGUAGAAUUUGAUAGUGUGGUGAGGUCCAGCUCAACCGGCAGCCUGGGUCAGCAGGCCCUCUCUACUGCCGUCGCAACCUGUCGCUUCUACAAGUGA